CUCUCUCUCUCUCUCUCUCAUAUACUUGCAUUUACACACCUAUAUAUAACCCACUCACCACAUUUACGUCUUCUAAUAUACUCUCCUUCUUCAUCACAACAAUCCCUGUAUAAUCCUUUCCUCCUCAUUAAUAUUCCAUUUCUCCCACAUUCCAUCCCUUCUCUCUCUCUCUCUCCCUCCCACAACCCCUCUCUAGCUAUAUCGGUAAUACAGUCAUAUAUCGGGCUCGACUCGUAUCAUCAGAUUGCCUGGGUACUAGUUGCCAGAUACAAUAAGUAACAUAGGUUUAACAUCCCCUUACCUAACGGCCGAUAUUUAAAGCACGCGAUACAAUAAAACAAUGAGCGAGACCGAGUCGAGUUGCAACUCAUUCUCGCCAUCGUCGCCGUCAUCCUCAUUCGGCCCGAACGCAACAAAGACUGACACAAACCAAAAGCGGGCCGCUUCAACAGACUCGUCCGAGGAGAGGCCCAAAAAAAGUAACAGCACAAACAAGCACCCCACCUACAGAGGGGUCCGGAAGCGGGCCUGGGGCAAGUGGGUGUCGGAAAUCCGAGAGCCCAGAAAGAACUCCAGGAUCUGGCUGGGCACAUUCUCCACGCCGGAAAUGGCGGCCCGGGCCCACGACGUCGCGGCCCGGUCCGUCAAGGGCGACUCGGCCAUCCUCAACUUCCCCCACCUCGCCCAGUUCCUCCCCCAGCCCGCUACGCCGUCGGCGCGCGACGUCCGAGCAGCGGCCGUCGAGGCCGCCGCCAUGUGCCACCUCGACCCCGCCGCCACGGCGACGACGUCGUAUUCGGAAUCGCCUUCGUCGUCGGAUUGUUCGGUGGUGACGUCGGAGGAGCUGGGGGAGAUAGUGGAGCUGCCGAGUUUGGGAGCGAGUUACGAUGAGUCGGCCGAGUCGAGGGACGAGUUCGUGUGGGUGGACUCGGUGGAUGCGGUGAAUGGGUGGGUUUAUCCUCCCCGGUGGUUGCACGGAGAUUUCGGUGACUUCAGUUCUGAUCAUCACCUGAUGGUAACGGGAGAGAGCACAGGGGCUAUUUCGGGUAGUUUCGAGACAGUGUGGUAGUAGCAUUGCUAAGGUUGCGACCUGGGUCACAUAAUGUGUGUGCGCGUGCAUAGCCGACAGGGCGUUCGCGAACGAAA